AUGUCUAUGAUUGGCAGUUUCCGCUCCAGCAAGCCAAACCCGGAGGUGAGGGAUUAGAGACCAGAGUCUAGUCUCAGUUUUUCCUCUAGUUUCUGAAUCUUUUAAGCUGGAAGCCAUUCUGUCAAAGCCGAAAAUCAAGAGAUAUGGCACUGUGACAUACGAGGAGAAGUUCCCAAGAACCGGGAUUAGGCAUGAAAUGCUGAAGAUCCAUAUGAGGUCUUUACUGGGAGAAACUUCCAGAAUCUUGAAUUAUUUUCAGACGAACAUACCCGAGUGCAAGCCAGAAGGAAGACUACUUUGUCAACUUCAACAGCAAUUCUCAUCUUCACGUGAAUCAUUUCUAUCGCCGCAAGCAUGUUCCUGCGUGAGUGGUUUCUCAGAAGACUUUCAGAGUAAUCUGCUUAGACGUAGUGAUAAUGACACGUAGAGACUUUUGCAAAAAAAGCCAUUCGGAGCAAAAAUCUUUAUCUUUCUUUCAGAGCGGACCAAAAGAAGAACCAGCGUGAAGGUGAGCUUGAAAAUCCAGGCUCCUAAAGCACAUUUUGUACUUGCAGCCAAUUAUUAUUUGCAAUAUCUCUCUUCUAGCCGAGGAUUUCUCGGCUACUACAAUAGAAAUGGACAAACGUACAAGGCAUACAGAAGUGAGUACUAAAACGCAAGAGCACGGUCGCAAAACAAACCAAUUGUUUCAGUAAUCAUCAAGCGCAAAAAUGAUUCGUUAAAAGCAUAUUAUGAGGAGCUCUCGAGAGUGAGUCAAUUUCAAUUAACUUUGCAAUAUCCGAUGAAUUUAGGUUUAUGAGAAGUCGGCUCACGAUCAUUUCCUUCACGAGAUGCUGUUCGUCCGCAACAUUCAAGAGUACCCGUUCCCCAAGCUGUGGACCAUGCUGCUUGCCUUCCACUUCAACAUGCCCGAGUAUGAACGCAUUUUGGCCGCCAUAAGAGUUGUGACCGACUACGAUGGUGAUCAGGCGCCGGAAUUCCAUGCUGAUAUGCUUUAG